AAACUCUUUCCCUCGGACGAGGUGUAGUAUAAGGGCCCUUUUUCUUCGCUUCUCCGAAAGCCCCAAUACGCAACCCUAAAUCCCCCAAAUCCCCCUCGAAUUCGAUCCUUGGAAGCAAAAUACUCUCUCGAAUCGUGUUCCCCGACUCGAUUUAGGGCGGGAGAUUGCUUCUUUCGAGGAUCCGGAGGGGAAUUUGGGUGGGGGUUUGAGCGGGAGCCAUGGCGGUGUUCGAGGAUUUGAUUCGGUCGAUCGAGCUGUGGCUGAGGCUGGCGAAGAAGAUGCAGCCGCUCGUGAACCCUAAUCUCGAUCCGGUGCUGCUGAUUCCGGGGAUCGCGGGGACGGUGCUCAAUGCCGUGGAUGAGAAUGGGAAGGAGGAGAGGGUGUGGGUUCGGAUUUUGGGGGCGGAUCAUGAGUUCCGGACGAAGCUUUGGUCGCGUUUUGAUCCCUCCACGGGGAAAACAAUUUCUUUGGAUGAAGCAACAAAAAUUGUUGUUCCUGAGGGUAGAUAUGGACUAUAUGCAAUUGAUGUGUUAGAUCCAGAUAUGAUUAUUGGAAGUGAUGGUGUUUGCUAUUAUCAUGACAUGAUAGUUGAAAUGAUCAAAUGGGGAUUUCAAGAGGGUAAAACCCUCUUUGGGUUCGGAUAUGACUUCCGACAGAGUAACAGGCUUCAGGAAAAUCUGGAUGGCCUUUCUGCAAAACUAGAAUCAGCAUACACUGCUGCGGGAGGAAAGAAGCUAACCGUUGUAACUCAUUCCAUGGGAGGAUUGUUGGUGAAAUGCUUCAUGUCGCUAUAUAGCGAUAUUUUUGAGAAAUAUGUGAAGUGCUGGAUCGCAAUUGCUGCACCAUUUCAAGGUGCACCUGGAUAUAUUACAACGAGUCUGUUAAAUGGGUGUUCCUUUGUGGAAGGAUGGGAGCAGUAUUUCUUCAUCUCCAAAUGGAGCAUGCAACAGCUGUUGAUUGAAUGCCCAUCAAUAUAUGAGUUGUUGGCCAACCCCGACUUCCAAUGGGAAAAUGUUCCACUUUUGCAACUGUGGAGGCAGAAGCAUGAUGAUUCUGGUAACUCUAGUGCCCUGCUGGAGUCGUACGAACCGAAGGAAUCUAUAGCUUUGAUGACUAAAGCUCUUUCAAACAAUGCGGUUCCGUGUGGUGGAUCGGAGGUCCCUUUCCCCCUUAACACCGACAUAUUGAAAUGGGCAAAUGAAACUCGCGAAGUUCUAUCAUGUGCUAAGCUUCCUUCAACAGUAAAGUUUUACAACAUCUAUGGAAUAAAUAAUUCGACACCCCAUAGCGUGUGCUAUGGGAGUGAAGAUGCCCCUGUUACUGAUCUUGAGCAAGUAUUAUGCUGCGAGCCAAAAUAUAUCUGUGUUGAUGGUGAUGGGACCGUUCCGGUAGAAUCAGCCAAGGCCGAUGGCCUCGACGCGGUGGCAAGGGUUGCUGUCCCUGCCGACCACCGUGGGAUAUUGUGCGACCGGCACGUUUUCCGAAUCCUCAAAACUUGGCUCAAGGCCGGAGAACCCGAUCCUUUCUACAACCCGCUCAACGAUUACGUUAUCCUCCCCACGGCCUUUGAGGUCGAGCGGCACCGCGAGGAAAACAUGCAGGUUACCUCUCUCAAGGAAGACUGGGAGAUCAUUUCCUCGAGCACCGGCGGCGAUUCCGAUAAGAUAUCCACCGCCGAAAUUCCUGCUAUGGCGGGCUCAUUAUCGGUAUCUUGCGAGGGUAAGGAGGGUUUGUUAGAAGAAGCCCAGGCGACGGUCGUCGUUCAUCCUCAAAAUGAUGGGAUUCAACAUGUUGAAGUUCGGGCCGUGGGUAUCGCCAUCGAUGCAUAGAUUAUUGAACUCUUCGCAGGCAUAAUAAUUAUAUUCCGAUGUAUAGUGUAAUUAUUUAUGCGGAUAAUCCGCCUACUACGUAAAAGUAUUUGAUGUAUAUAAGCCUAAAUGUAAAUACAAGUCUAGAUGGAUCUGUUAACUACUCGGCUAAUGUGCCACGGCACGAUGUUCUAUGCCGGGUAAUUAAUUAAUUGGUAUGUACUAAUGUACUGUUAAUAUCUAUGCAUGUUACGUUAUGGAAAUGAAAAGUAUUGCUUAAAAUUUA